CCUACUUCUCUUUUUUCUGCCCUUCCUGGCUUUGGUGGCUCUCCCGAGAUAGCCCAGUGGCACCUGGAGUCCUGUGGUUCCUGCUCCUUUCAACCAUGGUUAGGAUGACUACCAAAUUCUUUCUGUUGACAGGCCUGGCCUUAUGUCACGGGUUCAACCUGGACACGGAAAAUGCAAUGAUUUUCCAAGAGAAUGCAAGGGGCUUUGGACAGAGUGUGGUCCAGUUUGAGGGAUCCCGCGUGGUGGUUGGAGCCCCCCAGGAGGUAAAGGCUCCCAACCAAACUGGCAGCCUCUACCAGUGUGACUACAGCGUGGGCAGGUGUGAGCCCAUCCCCCUGCAGGUCCCCUUGCAGGCUGUGAAUAUGUCCCUGGGGCUGUCUCUGGCAGCCACUACCACCCCUUCCCGGCUGUUGGCCUGCGGCCCCACUGUGCACCAAAUCUGCAAGGAGAACACCUAUGUGAAUGGCUUCUGCUUCAUGUUUGGAUCCAACUUACUUCAGCAGCCCCGGAGGUUUCCUGAGACCCUCAGAGAAUGUCCUCGACAGGAGAGUGACAUCGUCUUCUUGAUUGAUGGCUCCGGUAGCAUUAGCCUAAGUGACUUUCAGCGUAUGAAGGAGUUUGUCUCAACUGUGAUGGAACAAUUCAAAAAUUCCAAAACCUUGUUCUCUUUGAUGCAGUACUCCAAUGUAUUCUGGACUCAUUUCACCUUCAAUAAUUUCAAGAAAAAUCCUAACCCAAGAUUCCUGGUGAAUCCAAUACUACAGCUGGGAGGGACUACACACACUGCCACGGGAAUCCGCAAAGUAGUAAGGGAACUGUUUCACAGCAGCUAUGGGGCCCGGAAGAAUGCCCUUAAGAUCUUAGUUGUCAUCACAGAUGGAGAAAAGUACGGCGAUCCCUUGAACUACGAGGAUGUCAUUCCCGAAGCAGACAGAGAAGGGGUCAUUCGCUAUGUCAUUGGGGUGGGAGUUGCCUUUUUUAGUGAGAAAAAACUUGAAGAGCUUAAUAUCAUUGCAAGCAAGCCAUCUUCUGAACACGUGUUCCGGGUGGAUAACUUUGAAGCUCUGAAGACUAUUCAAAACCAGCUGCAAGAAAAGAUCUUUGCAAUUGAGGGUACUCAGACAGGAAGCAGCAGCUCAUUUGAGUAUGAGAUGUCUCAGGAAGGCUUCAGUGCUGCCAUCACAUCUAAUGGUCCCUUGAUGGGUGCCGUGGGGAGUUUUGACUGGGCUGGUGGAGCUUUUUUGAGCACUUCAGAGAAUAAAGCGACCUUCAUCAACACAACCAGAGUGGAUUCAGACAUGAAUGAUGCUUACUUAGGUUAUGCUGCUGAAGUCAUCUUGCGAAACCGGGUACAGAGUCUGGUUCUGGGGGCACCUCGAUAUCAACAUACUGGCCUGGUGGUGAUGUUCAAACAGGAUGCUGGCACCUGGAAGACACACGCUUCUGUCCAGGGGAGCCAGAUCGGCUCCUAUUUUGGGGCCUCCCUGUGCUCUGUGGAUGUGAACAGAGACAGCAACACUGACUUGGUCCUCAUUGGGACCCCCCACUACUACGAGCAGACCCGGGGGGGCCAGGUGUCUGUCUGUCCCCUGCCCCAAGGGCGGGCCAAGUGGCGGUGUGAGGCUGUUCUCCGCGGGGAGCAGGGCCAUCCAUGGGGCCGCUUUGGGGCAGCCCUGACAGUGCUGGGAGACAUGAAUGGAGACAAGCUGACAGAUGUGGCCAUUGGGGCACCGGGGGAGCAGGAGAACCGGGGUGCUGUCUACCUAUUUCAUGGAACAUCAGGACUGGGCAUCAGCCCCUCCCACAGCCAGCGGGUUGAAGGCUCUCAGCUGUCUCCCCGGCUCCAGUAUUUUGGUCAGUCACUGAGUGGGGGCCAGGAUAUGACAAUGGAUGGUCUGGUGGACCUGGCUGUAGGAGCCCAGGAGCAUAUGCUGCUGCUCAGGUCCCAGCCAGUAUUGAAAGUUGAUGUGGCCAUGGAGUUCACACCCAGGGAAGUGGCAAGGAAUGCAUUUGAAUGUCGUGAACAGGUGCUGAAAAACCAGAAUGCUGGGGAGGUCAGAGUCUGCUUCCGUGUGCGGAAAAUCACACGGGACCGACUGGGAGAAGGACAGAUCCAGAGCAUCAUCACUUAUGACUUGGCUCUGGACUCUGGCCGCCCAAACCCCCGUGCCAUCUUUGAUGAGACAAAGAACAGUACACAUAGACAAACAAGGACCUUGGCAAUGACGGCGAAUUGUGGCACCCUGAAGCUAUUGUUACCGGAUUGUGUAGAGGACUCAGUGACCCCCAUCAUCUUGCGCCUCAACUUCUCUUUGGUGGGGCGGCCCGCACCCUCUUUCGGAAAUCUCCGUCCAGUGCUGGCUGUGGAUGCUCAGAGACUCUUCACAGCCUUGUUCCCCUUUGAGAAAAAUUGUGGCAAUGACAACAUCUGCCAGGAUGACCUCAGCAUCACCUUCAGUUUUAUGAACUUGGACACACUGGUGGUGGGUGGUCCCCGGGACCUCAAUGUGACUGUGACUGUGAGAAACCAGGGUGAGGACUCCUACAGGACUCAGGUCACCUUCUUCUAUCCAUCUGGCUUGUCCUAUCGGAGAGUGUCAGGGGCCCAGAACCAGCGCUCACAGCGAUCCUGGCGCCUGGUCUGUGAGUCUGGGCCCUCUCCUGAAGAGCCUGGGAGCCUGAAGAGCAGCAGCUGCAACAUAAACCACCCCAUCUUCCCAGACAACUCUGAGGUCACCUUUAAUAUCACAUUCGAUGUGGACUCUGCUGCUUCUUUUGGAAACAAAUUACUCCUCAAAGCCAAUGUGACCAGUGAGAACAACAUGCCCAAGACCAACAAAAGCGAAUUCCAGCUGGAACUGCCUGUGAAAUACACUGUCUACAUGGUGGUCACCAGCCUUGAGCACUCUACCAAAUAUCUCAACUUCACAGCCUCAGAGAAGACCAGCCUGAUUAUGGAGCAUCAAUAUCAGUUCAAUAACCUGGGGCAGAGGAGCCCUUCCAUCAGUGUGGUCUUCUUGGUCCCCGUCCUGCUGAAUAAGGUGACAGUGUUAGACAACGUCCAGGUCAACUUCUCCCAGAACAUCUACAAUUCAUGCUACACUGAAGAAAGGCUUCCUCCUCACACUGAUUUCCUGGCUGAGAUUAAGAAGACCUCAGUGCUGAACUGCUCUAUUGCAGUCUGCAGGAGAAUCCAGUGUGACAUUCCUUCCUUCAGCACCCAGGAAGAAUUCACUGUCACCCUCAAAGGCAAUCUCUCAUUUGACUGGUAUAUCAAGACUGCGAAUAACUACCUCCUGGUUGUGAGCACAGCGGAGAUCUUGUUUAACAAUUCUGUGUUUGCCCUGCUUCCAGGACAGCAGGCAUUUGUGAGGGCCCAGACAGAGACCAAAGUGGAGCAGUAUGAAAUUCACGACCCUGUACCGCUCAUCGUGGGCAGUUCCGUGGGGGGGCUGUUGCUUCUGGCCCUCAUCACCGCGGGACUGUACAAGCUUGGUUUCUUCAAACGGCAGUACAAGGACAUGAUGAGUGAAACUGCUCCCCAAGCAGACGUACCCCAGUAAUGACUCCUUCCCUACUGAACGGCUUCUUCUGGAAGGAGCAGAUCUUUGGUCAGACCAACAUGCAGGCCCCCAUGCUGCUGGGCAGACAUAUCCAUUAGGAGACUGGGGUUGUGACAUCUAACCCAGAAAAGACCUGCUUGGGUUUCCAUUCAUGUGUAUGUGUGUAUGUGUGCAGGUGUGUGUGAGGGCGUGUGACUCAGAUGUCUAGAACAUCUGAGUCACAGAAUAGUCUCUCUGGCUGAGGAGAAUUGCUGGGGCUUCCUUGUGUGUGUGGGCAAAGAUGGUGUCAGACCUUCUAGGAUGGAGGUGAUGGCAGCUCUUAUGGGUGAAAAUAAAGGGAGACCCUCUCCUAAGUGAGAACUUCCGUCAUGGAGAAGUGUGCAGUCUUGCAGGAGCCUGUGCUGCUGGGACUGAGCUGCUGUGGAGAAGCCACUGGCAGAGCCAGGUGCUGGUCAGCCAGCACCAGCCUGUCCCAAUCCAUCCCACACUCCAGCUGAGGGGCUCAACAAUUAUGUCAAAUGAGGAAUGAUAAACCUCCCUUUAUGUUUUCAUUCAUUUGUUAUUUUAAUGUUACUUCUAUGUUUUUAUAUUGAUAAAGCUGUCUGCAUAUAAAAUCAAAAGACAUGCAAGAGCAUGUGGUGAAAAUCUUCUCCCCCACCCUCACCAUUCAAGUUCUCUCCUUAAGGGCAGCUGAUGUUACUUAUUUUGGGGUGGCCUUCAGAAAGAUUUUAGGCGUAUGUAACAUACAUACACACAGCUGCAUGGAUAUACCCAUGGGUGAGCUUUUUUUUUUUAUGCUGCUCUGCACUUCGCUUUUUCAUGAAUAUAACUCAGACAUUGCUUGAUAUCAAGACAUAAAUUGCCUUUUCAUUCUUUUAUACACAUGCAGAACAUUCUGUUGUGUAAGUGUAUCAUAACGCAUUUAAUGAGUUUCAUUUUGAUAUAUUAUUUCCAAUCUCUUGCUAUUACAAUAAUGUUGAAUUAAUAAAUUGAAUAUAUGUGGUUUUUAUAUAUGUAUAAGAACUAUUUAUAGGAUAUAUUCCUAGAACUUUGGGUUCCUCCAGAUUCAAACCCUGAGACAAGAAUUUGAGCGAAAGGAGUUUAUUUAAGAGGUGGCUCCAGGAAAUGCCAAUAAAGAUGGGGGAAUGAGCUUGAGAAAGGAAAGUAGCCAAAAAGGGUGUGUUAUUAUUAUUUUUUUUAUCAACAUAGUCACCGCUGUGGGGCUCCACAGGUUAAAUCCUACUGGAGAGCUCUGGGAACAGUGUAGAACAUCCAUCUCAGUGUUAUUCCACUGGGUAGAAGGAGCUGAGGUAUUUAUACACCAAUUAUACAUAGUUACAGAAUGAGGGCUGCUCUGAGGGCAUUAAUUUCCUGGACUGCCUUGGGUAUGGACAGCGCAUGUUCUGGUGGCCAGAGAAAGAGAUACAGGUGCUGCCAGUUGGAAGUCUGACAGGUGAGCACAGCCCCUGGCAAGGACCAUGGGGAUAUGGAGGGCCACCAAUAACAUGAGCUACAAAAGGGUGUGUGCAUGUAAAGUUUUGAUAGCUAUGCUGGGGUAGUCCUCAUCUUUAGAUGGAGUCCUAUUUACCUCAUACCAACAGUGCAGUCAGCUGCUAACCAAAAGGUUAGCAAUUCCAAUCUACCAGCCACUCUGAGGGAGAAAGAUGUGGCAGUCUGCUUCCAUAAAGAUUUACAGCCUUGUAAACCCUAUGGGGUUGCUAUGAGUCAGAAUUGACUUAACAGCAGUGAGUUUUGGUUUACCAGUGCAUGUGGGUGCUUGUCUCUCAUACCAGUGGCAAUGCAUCCUAAUUCUCACACCAGUUCUGCUAAGUGACCGACUUUUUUUAAUUGUUAUCAGAACUUCGUAUAUAAGGAAACUGAGGCCGUACCAAUAAAAAAAAAAAAAAAAUAGGUCAUACCAAUUACCUGAGGUCAUACAGAUAAGAAGGGGCUGGAGCUGGGAUUCCAACCUGUCUCUGUCUGGUUCCAGAGCUUUUCUUCUACUGUCCUGGUAGUGCUAGAGGAAUGGCAGCAGGUCCGUGGGAGGUGUGGGGACAGAGUGACUCUUACUUAGCUGUUAUAAUAUUAGGGGAUGAACCAUAUGAAAUUGCCGACUUGUGACAAUUUUUUGGAAAAAAAUUUUUUAAAUGUCAAUUUCAUAGGGUUCAUCCAAACACAAAAAAACCAUGGCUUAGAUGGCCUGUUCCAAAAAUGAUAGAAGGAAGGGAGGGUUUAAUCCUGCUUGGGAGGAAAGGCUCCCUAGGGGCGGCUACUCUUGACCCAAGUAGGGGCAGAGGUUUCCAGGCAGAGGGUAACACAGGGUGAGGCCGGAAGGAGGGCAGGAGCUUGGACAUAUGUGCUUUGUAAGCCAGAGUAAGGAGUUUCGUUUUUAUUCAACAUUUCGUAAGAUACCAUUGAGGGGUGUCUAAUGAGACAGUAGCCAUUUGUGUCCUUGGGGUUGCCACACACAUGAUGACCUUUACACAGUUCUACACAAUUUCCUGACUUAAAAAUAAAAAAAAUUUUAAAUCAAUUUCAUUGAAGUAUAAUUUAUUCAAUAUGUACCUAUUUUCCCAAAAUGUACCCAUUUUAAAUGUACAUUUUGAUGGGUCUUGAUAAAUUUAGGCACCCAAGUCACCACAACCAAUGAAGAUAUAGAACUUUUCUGUCACUCUAAAAGUUUCCCUGGGCUUCGUUACAGUCCAUCCUUGUUGCCCCUCAUCCCCAUCUCCAGGGAACCACUGAUCUUUUCUAGAGUUUUAUAUGCAUAUAAAACAUUUCUUCUUCCUUAAUUUGAAAGAUAAAUAUCCUCAGUAUCUCCAGAAGUCCUUAGUUGAGCUAGGAAGGGAGAUGGUCUUUGUACCCACAGUCACCUGCCUUGUGGGCUCAGAGUCCACACCUGUAUCCUUGAAUUGGAAGCUUGUAUUGAAUUCAGACAAAAAGAACUUUUAUGACGGAAUAGAAAAGUAAAUCAUUUCAAGUAACAAAUUGCCCUAGCAUAGCCACAGAGUUACUAAUAAACAGGGCUUUAAAUCUCUGAUGACAAACACUAAACCCAGGAAUGUCUAGCCUGGUUUUCAUGUUCUGGGUUUCCUCACUUCAGAAAAACAGGGUCUUUAUCCCUUCAAUGGAAACCCUGGUGGCGUAGUGGUUAAGUGCUAUGGCUGCUAACCAAAGGGUCAGCAGUUCAAAUCCGCCUGGCGCUCCUUGGAAACUUUAUGGAGCAGUUCUACUCUGUCCUAUAGGGUCGCUAUGAGUCGGAAUCGACUCGAUGGCACUGGGUUUCGUUUUUGGUUUUAUCCCUUCAGUAACCAUCCUCCUUUUUCUUACUUGGAAACCCUGGUGGUGUACUGGUUUAGUGCUAUGGCUGCUAACCAAAACUUCGGCAGUUCGAAUUCACCAGCCGCUCUUUGGAAACUCUCUGGGGAAGUUCUACUCUAUCCUAUAGGGUUGCUAUGAGUCAGAAUCGACUUGAUGGAAACAAGUUGUUUUUUUUUUCCUGCUUAGUAAUAGAAUUUUUAUCUGGGCCACUGUGGUAGAUUGUUACAAUAAUGAACCCCAGUGAAUUGUGCCUCCCUGUGUCCUGUCCCUUUGCAAUGUGACAUUGCUGCUCCUCUUAUCUGGUGGUGGAACCCAUUUCUCCACACCUUUGAAUCUGGGCUGGUCUUGUGACUUUGACCAACAGAAUGUGGCAGAAGUGAUGUUGUAUGAGUUUUGGAGCUUAGACCUUAAAAUGCAUUGCAGCUUCUGCUCUUGCUCUCCUGGAACCCUGAGACCACCACGUGGUGAUCCAUCUAGCCUAGUGGAGAAUGGGUGACCAUGUGGAGGAGACAACUGAGACACCCAGCCGACAGCCAGCACAACUGCCUGACACAUGCUCAAGGCUAUCGUGGAUCUCCCAGCCUGGUCAAGCCAUUCGAUUACUGCAGCGCAGCCACAGGCAAGUCCAGCAGAGCUGACCAAAUUGUCACCUCGCACAACUGUGAGAAAUAAUAAAUUGUUGAUGCUUCAAUCCACGGUAUUUUGAAGUGAUUUGUUAUCAGCAAUAAAUAACUAAUAUAGCUACCCAGAUAAACAUUACAUUUCCCAGUCUCCUUUGCAGCUAGGGAUGGCCACAUGACUAGAUUCUGGCCAAUAGGAUGUGAAUAGAAGUGAGUGAGCAAGUUUAGAGUCAGGUCCUUUGAGAGAAGGGUCCUUCUUUUCCCCUCACCCCCUUCCCACUGAGCACGAACAUGGCGGUGUGCCAUUUUGCACCUUGUAGACAAGGGUAACACCUAAGAAUGCCAGAGUUAGACAGAAAGACCCUGGGUCCUGAUUCUGUAGAACUGCCAUGUUAGCACAUUUUCAUGUUGAUAUAGGAGAAUGAAAUGAACACCUAUCUUGUUUAAGACAUUGUUAUUCUGAGCCUCUAUUACAGCAGCUGCCCAUGUGUUGUAAUUAAUGCCACUACAUUCUGGGACCUUCCCAAAGGCCCUAUUUUCCUACUUGGCCCAAGAAAUUGAAUUCAUAGUAAAGCCUGAAGAUUUCUUUCUUUCCCUUUUUUUUUUUUAACACAAAAUAUCUUUUAUUCUGAAUUAUACAAAAUUCAAAUACCAAACAAGCAGUGCUUAAAAGAUCCAAUGCCAUUAUAUUUUAAAAUUACGUUUGCAAAAUAGUUUUCUGCGAAACUGAGUUAGCUUAAAUUUGUCAGUAUAAUGUCAUUUGUUUUACAUUUGCUGACUGUAAUUAUCAAGUUGUAAGAACAAUUACAACCAGAUUAAUACUUGACUGAAUUUUGAUGGCUGAGAAUGCCUGAACACUGGAGAACAUCCAAUUAACGUAUCAGUAUAACUUUCAUUCACCAAAGAAAAUAUUUCAUUCAAGUUCCCAAAACAAACUUGAGUUAUGUUUGGUCUGCAGCAGAGAAAAAGGCCAAGAUAGCACGCGGAAAUAAAUAGUUUUCUUCUGGUGGAAGCUGAAAUCAAUGUACACAUUUUAAUCAAAUAUCUCCUCACAUGGCAUGUUUUCAAGUUUUUACGAGUCUACCAGGCUCAGUCUUUCGCUGUUUUUUUUUUUUUCCCCCUUUUUUUUCUCUUGCUUUGCCUUCAGCUUUUUUCUUUGCCUGCGGUUCAUCCAUAAUGGGUACUGUCUGUGCUGGUCUAGAAAACUCUUUUUGUUUCUCUUAAUGUCAGUCUCCAUUUUCAUGUCAUCUGUUUCAUCAUUUGCCUCACAUUGCUUUUCUCUUGGCAAUGUUUGGUUACCACAACAGUUGCCAUCUCUUGAACAUCUUCAAUUAAAAACUUCAUCAUCUACUUUAAGAAUAUUUUUAAAUCUGUUGAGCUCCUUUGGGACAUUCUUUUUUCUCUUUUCAGCAGGCGUCUUCCAUUUCCACUUACUCCGUAACCUUGUAAAAGCAGCUAUGUUUUAACUGGGAAGACUCACAAACUCACAUACAGCAGGGAGAUCACACCAACCAGAAGUCUUUGCACUUCUGCCUUCCAGGCAGGCCCCGCUUUUCAAGCCUGAAGCUUUUUUGAUGCCGCUUGUUGUUAGGCACCCUCCAGUUGGCUCUACUGCAUAACGACCCUAUGUACAACAGAACAAAACACUGCCUGGUCCUGUGCUGUCUUCACAAUUGUUGCUAUGUUUGAACCCAUUGUUGUAGCCACUGUGUCAGUCCAUCUCAUUGAGCGUCUUCCCCUUUUUCGCUGACCUUCUCCUUUACCAAGCAUGAUAUCCUUCUCCAGCUUCUGGUCCCUCCUGACAACAUGUCCAAAGUACGUGAGAUGAUGUCCCGCCACCCUUGCUCCUAAGGAGCAUUCUGGGUGUAAUUCUUCCAGGACAGAUUUGUUUGUUCUUCUGGCAGUCUGUGGUAUAUUCAGUUUUCUUCGCCAAAACCAUAAUUCAAAGGCAUCAAUUCUUCUUCAGUCUUCCUUAUUCAUAUUGAAACAUUGAGUACUAAGCCUAAUUUUAAGUUUAUAUGCUUUUGCUUCCUAUAGUUAUAUGUUACAGAGAGGCUAUAACUUCAGGUCUGUUAAUGAAUGUUUAUUUUUGCUACUUUGAUGAGUUGUAAUAAUAAUGGGUAUGUGUGACUACAGAAAGUUGUGCUAUGUGAAUUUAUGAACCUUACUAGUCUUUUUUUUUUUAUUUUUUAUUUUUUUUUUUACUAGUCUACUAAAAAAGCUGAUGUGGGACAUCUAGUUCAUACUUACCCACUCCUUUAGUGUUCUCUGUGAAAUCGAACUAGAUUAGUUUCUUAAAAGUUAUACUAUAUGUUAGCGGUUGAGACCAUACUUAGGAGAAACAGCUUCAGAGAAAUAUUACUGUACAUGCUUGUGUUUCUUAAGGAAAAGGGGUAGCUUUUCUUAAAGCAAUAACUCUCAGAGUUUUGUGUGUUUCUUUAUCUCCAAAUGCCUUUGUACUCUUCCAAUUUAUUGAGGACCUUAGAGAGUUUGUGUGUACAUUGGGGCAGGAGGGAUAACUAUCAACAUUAACCAUAUCAGAAAUUGAAAUUGAAAUAUGUUUAAUUAAAAUGCUCAUCUAUUGAAUCUUUUGAAGAUAGCGCCACGAAUGCUUUUGCAUGUUAAAUAACGCCUUAAUGAUAUUCUGAAAUUAGUUCUGACCUCAUAGAAUCCCUGAGAUUGGUCCUAAAAUAAAGUGCCAGUUUGUUUCAGAACGUCAAAGAGCAUAAUCAAGGACAAAACUUGGAAAUAAAUUGUAUUUGUUUGGGUUUAUAAUAUUGGUCGGAAAACCUAUGACGUGUUAAAAAUACUAGCCAAGUUUGCUCAAUUUUGAUGAUCUUGUUUCCUUGGUUUACUGUUUGUUGUCUUCACCUACAAUAUGAAAAGUUUCUUUUUUUUCCUGUGUAAUCGCCUAGAUAGCAAAAGAUUGUGUCUUACCAGAAUAAUUUUCUACGCUUUAUGUUAACUUUAUUAUGCUCUCAAUUAUUAUUAAAAAAAAAAAAAAGAAAGAAAAAGGUCUUCACCUAUGGAAGAAUUAAGAUUAUUUACAACUUUGGUCUAUUCUAUACUUACUUUUACAUGUCUUAUUGUGAUUUUCAAAUGGAGCCAAGUAUAGUUUCUUUUUUUGAACAUUUUAUUGUGCUUUAGGUAAAAGUUUACAUAGUAAAUUAGUUUCCCAUCCAAUAGUUCAUACACAAAUUUUUCCCUGACAUUGGUUGCAAUCUCUGCAAUGUGUCAGCAAUUUCCCCAUCCCAUUUCUAUCCUGGCUCCCCAUUUCCAUUCAUCAGGUUUCCCUGGCCCUUCCUGCCUUCUCAUCUCUGCUUUUGGACAAAUGUUGCCCUUUUGGUCCCUUAUAGUUGAUUGUUCUAUGGAGCAUGUUUCUCACGGGUGUCACUAUUAUUAUUUUAUACCCAUUGCUGUAGACUCAAUUUCAACUCAUAGCGACCGUAUAGGUCAGAGUAGAACUGCCCCACAGGGUUUCCAAGAAGCGCCUGGUGGAUUUGAACUGCCGACCUCUUGGUUAGUAGCCAUAGCACUUAACCACUAUGUCACCAGGGCUUCUUAAUUUUUUAUAGGCCUAUGUAUUGUUUGGCUGAAAGGUGAUCUCCGGGAGUGGCUUCAGUUCUGGGAUAGAAGGGUGUCCUAGAGCUAUAGUCUUGGUGGUUCCUCCGGGCUCUAUCAGACCAGUAAGUUUUGCCCUUUUUAUGGAUUUGAAUUUUGUUCUACGUUUUUGUCCCACUCUAACUGAGACCUUCUAUUGUGUUCCUGGUCAGGGUGGUCGGUAGUGGUAGCCGGGCAACAUCUAGUUCUUUUGGUCUCAGGCUAGUGGCGGCUGUGGUUCAUGUGGGCCAUUAGUCCUUUGGACUAAUUGCUUCCUUGAGUCUUUUGGUUUUCUUCACUCUCCUUUGCUCCAGAUGGGAAGAGACCAAUAGUUGUAUUUUAGAUGUUCACUGGAUAGCUUUUAACACCUCAGAUGCGACUAGCCACAUAGAAUAUUAUCUUUAUGAACUAUGCUAUGCCUAUUGACCUAGAGGUCCCAGAAGACCACGGUCCUUAGCCUUGAAGCCCAGUAACUCAGCCUCUCAACAUGUUUGGUUAUAUCUAACUGUGCCCCUAUGUGCUCUAUUAUAUGUAUGAGUAGACAUGUAAAAAAAAAAAUGUAGCACAUAUAAAUAUGUAUAUGGAAAUAUGCACAACCAUACCUAUAUAUUUGUGUGGGUGUUCUCCCAUAGGACCUCCCACACUUGUUUAGUAUACAUAUCUACCAAUGUGGCCACUUGUAAAUUAUUCUUUGUUAUUGCUGUUGUUACAGGAUUGUAUAUGCUAUAUACUAUUUAUCAUAAAAAAAAAAUUUAUCAUAGUUGCUCUUUAUUCUUUCUUACCACUCAGUGUCUUCCUUUGCCUUCGUCACUUUGUGCCGACUUCCCCCAUAUUUUGUAUUGCCUAUAGGGUCGCUAUGAGUUGAAAUUAACUCCACGGUACUGGUUUUGGUUUGGGUUUUUUGUUCCCUUCACCAAAAUUAACAUUUGUCUACUACCUAGUUAGUGGUUCUCCCUCCCUCCCCCUCCUAUUCCUGGUAACCAUCAAAGAAUGUUAUGACCUUAAGCGUUCAAAUUUCCUGACAAUUUUUAAUAUUUUACCCUCCCAAAACCUAAUUCUAAAUGGUAUCUUUUAUACCUAAAACCUUGUUCUUCGGGGCUUCCUAGAGGGCCCUGAAAAGUCAUAAAAGAAUUGUUCCUGCUUUAUAAGUGCUAGAAAUAAUUGUUUAUUUGAUGUGUUCCUAUUUAUGAGCUGCAUGGGAAAAGUUGUUAAAUAAGAAGAGAUGCUUAGCCUUCCCUAGGUUAAAUUCGUAUGGGUGAAAUAUUUUAGAAAUGGGAUACUGUAAGGGAAGUUCCUAGAGAUUUGACCAUGUUCUUAUUGUCCAUUAUA